GCAAACUUUUCAUUUAACGUUGUGCAGUCCGAUCUAUCGGCACGUAGUUGAAGAUUUUCCACGGUUUGGUACAGUUUCCUAUCGUUUUCGAAAUGGCUUCAAAAUCUGCUUUCAAUUGUCGCUCCCAUGCAAACAGCAUCGAUCGCAGAGAAAGUAGUAAAGUUUUCGAAAUUGAACAAUGCAUGUACAAUUUAUCAGAGGACUUUCUCCGCCAGACCACUCUACGAGAGCCUGUCGACAUGGAAGGCAGCGAUGCCGGGCUAGUCACACCGACAGUGUUACAAACAGAGGAAUCCUUCGAUGCGGCAUCCAUGGCACAUUCCGUGCACCAGCUAGAGGAUAUUCUUCGUCGUCCGAUUUCCGAUGAGGUUUUGCGAAAACUGUGCUUCAGCGAAACGUUGCUCGUGUGUGAUGGAAACGAAACAAUCGUUGGAGGGGCCGCUAUCAAUGUUAGCUUGAUAGCGGACGAAGUGUUGGCGGCAUUUUCCAGUACGAGACUUACAUUCCUUGGACAUUCUACGGCCGAAAGUGAGCUGAUGUCAUUUGCGGACCGAAACUUUCGACCGUUGCAGGAGCGAAAAUGCGAAACGUUGUUGUCCGGUGCAACAGGCAGACAGGAGAAACAAAUACAGCUCUAUUUUGAUGAGGCGUACAACGUCACGGCCUACCGCCAGGAAUGUAAUGGAUUGCACACUGAAAGCUUUCACGGGUUACUAUCGGGCAGGGAAUGUAACGGAGAGGAUAGCGGUGACACAAGACAAACGAUUCUACCGGAUGGGUUGCAAUUGCUGCUGGUACGCUAUUUAGUGUUGAGCAACUUUGUAGGCGAAAUCUGUAGCCAAACAAUCGACGUUCAGGGGAGAGUUGGAAAUUGUAUACAUAACAUUUCAGCCUCGGUCCCAGUACCGAAAACGCGUCGCCAAAAUGCAUCCGAAGCAGUCAAAGAAGUGAGAAAAACAAUAUGGUACUCGGACGGAACGGAACCGGAGGAAAGCGUAUCACAUUACGAUUCCGCCACGGGUCGGCUGCAAAGGCAUGGUUGGAAUAGUUCUAGCUAUAUCCUUAUUGCAAAUCCUCUCGGUACGACGUCACCCACAGCGUUGGUAGAACUUGAACGGAGCAUGCAAGAUUACGUGCGUGCUUUGUCGGGUGUGAUCAAAAACCGUUCCUCUGUAAAAGACUUGCUGGAUGAUAUGCAUUACUCCGUGAAAGAGAUGGAUCAGUGUAAAAACAUUGUUAAUCCAGUAUUAAUAGACAUCAUAAAAGAGUUAUGAAAUACAUAGACCAUAUGUUUCAAAUUAA